CGUUAAUAACUGGGGCUCCCCGGGACUAUUCACAACAACGGAGGAAGCCGCACGAGCUCUGACCAAAUAAAGACCCGUUUUCAGAUCCUGUUUUGGAACCAGACUAACGGAAACCAACGGAAACUCACGUUCUUUCUCCACUGAUAGCCAUUGUUUGUUCGUAGCUAGCUUUGUCCUUCUUCCCCGUCACAGCUGUGGUGGGUUGCUGAUAUAUUUACACAGAUCGUUGUAGGAAUAUGGCUCAGCAUGGACACCAUGUAGCCAGUUCCCAAAAAGCCCUGAUGCUGGAGAUGAAAAGUCUCCAAGAUGAACCGGUCGAAGGGUUCAAAAUAACUUUGGUGGACGAGUCGGACAUGUACAACUGGGAAGUGGCGAUAUUCGGACCCCCGAACACACACUACGAGGGUGGUUAUUUUAAGGCUCGAAUCAAGUUCCCCGUCGACUACCCGUACUCUCCACCUGCCUUUCGCUUCCUCACCAAAAUGUGGCACCCCAACAUUUAUGAGAACGGAGAUGUUUGUAUCUCCAUCCUGCACCCCCCUGUGGACGACCCUCAGAGCGGAGAGCUGCCUUCAGAGAGGUGGAACCCCACGCAGAACGUCAGAACCAUCCUGCUCAGCGUCAUCUCUCUCCUCAACGAGCCCAACACCUUCUCCCCCGCCAACGUGGACGCCUCCGUCAUGUACCGCAAGUGGAGGGACAGCAAGGGCAAGGACAGAGAAUACAUCGAGAUCAUCAGGAAGCAGGUGGUGGGGACCAAGGCGGAAGCAGAGCGGGACGGAGUCAAAGUCCCGAUCACGCUUGACGAGUACUGCGUCCGCACGCUGGUCCCGCCCACAGACGACGGCUCCAACCUGCUGUACGACGACUACUACGACGACGAGGAGCUGGACGACGACGACGAGGAGGACAACGAGGACUGUUGCUACGACGACUCAGGCACCGAGGACUCUUGACAACUUCCCCUUUAUGCCCCUCCCCCACUACACACACACACACACACACACACACACACCCCCCUCUCUCGUCAUGGACUGAACUUUAAUUCCCUCCCUCGUCGUCCUCACUUCUGUCUCGUGCUCUCACAGUAUGCACACUAAAACCUGAUGCAUCAAAACAAGCUGCAGUUGUUUUUGUUUGUUUCUCACAUGUUUUCAUUUAGUUUUUUGAGUAGAGGUUACACAUACACAGCAGCACAACGUACAGUAACAGCUUCUCUUUGUCUGCACUGAUACCUGUUUAAACGUCCUGCCUCUUUACUCCGAGACCUGCUCCUUUGUCCAGCUUUGAACAAAGAUGGCCACGUUUCCUCUCAGAGAAUGUGGAGAGCUCACGCCUUUUCUCGACAUCAGCGAGCUGGAAUGUAACGUCACAGGUCCGAUCAGAUCCGAGUCAAGUGAGCGGGAGGCUAAUUUAGAAAGAAUGCACAUAUGUGUGUGUUUUGAAAAGCUGAGUCACUUCUGAGCCAUGUGUGUGACCUCCUGUUAGCGGGCUGUUUGAAGCCCUGCCUCUUCUUGUUCUUUUUCUUUUGAGCCCCAGGGCUUGUGCUGCUCCAAAAGUGAUCCAUAAGAAAAGCUGUUCACACUCCCUCGUGCCUUCCCCUCGCUCCCUGAUACCACAGAUCUGAAAGACUUGUUGGAAAGACAGCAGAGGGGGAUAUUCGAGCUCACAAGGCCUCAGGUGGGGAUACUGUGACUCUCAAUGGGAUUUAUUAAUAGCAGCAUCCGUCUGAUUUGUCCGAGGCGUGAGAGAAAGGUGUAAAAUCCAACAGCCGAGCUACAAAGACGGGAAUGUAGAUCAGAAACGUCCUGUCACGCAGCCUUCAUCACACAAGCACGAGCUACUAGUGGCCUGGAAGCAUUCAGAAACAUCUAGCUGCUGAAAUCCAAUGUACUGUAUUUUUUAAAACAACCUAUGCAGUCAGUGCUACUUAAUAUGCAGUGCUUUAAACGUGGCAGGAAAGCUGAUGGGGAGUGUUCCAACCUGUGGAGCUUCCGACUGUCUCGGUUCAGAAGUGGACGUUUGAUUUAUCCAUCUUCACGUCUGUUAUUCUAACUCUCCAGAGCACUGACCUUCAUCAGAGCUCGCCCCCUAGUGGUGGCUCUGAGGCUCUUUUCCCUCCCCCCCUUCCUCUGAAACGCUCCACUGGGCUGCAGCCAUCUUGACUCACCUGAGUGAAUGAACCCUGUGACCUCAGAGGAGAUCAGGUAGCAGUGUGAGUGAUGGGGGGCGGGGGGGGCGAGUGUUUCCAGUCCACACUGUCAGAGGCCUCUCCUAACGGGACACUCAGACACACGUUAACACCCAGCAGUAUUUUUAACACUUACAUUCUCGCUGUUUCCGUUAGAUUAUUGGCCGACUGCUUAUACGGUGUGCUGAGGACAAAUGGGGGAAGGGUUGAGCAUGAGUUGGAGAACGGUUCUUCAGUAGAUGUUUGUGACACCUUUGAGGUUUUAGAUCAGGGUGGGGUUCGAAACUCCAUUUUAUCUAAAGCUGUUGCAUUGUGAAUGGGCUGAGGGGUGUCUUUUUUGCUUUUUGUUCUUUUGAAGGGGGGGGGGGGUUUGCUUAUUUUACUGUUUUGAUGUAAUCUUUUUUUUUUCAAAUUGUUUUCUUUCUCACAUGUAUUAAGUGCUACGGAAAUUGACCUGAUUGUUAAACAAACAGGAUUGUUCAUGAAAGAAUGAGUUCUACUUAAAUAUAGCAGCAUUAAUGGCCACCACACAGACGUAUACAUUAGUUAUGAACACUUGUAAUAAUGAUAAUGACUGAUGUUCGUUACACAACCUAUGAAUGACCCCCCCCCCCCCCCCCCCCCCCUUUUUGUGUUCGGUUUCAGGGUGAAUGGGAUUUCAUUAUUUGUUGUCAAACUGCUGGUAUUUCAUCGUCUUUCCUCCCCACUCGCCCCCCGGUUCUCUGAGCUCUGUGUCGGCAUCACUGAGGGAUAAAACAAACCCAGCAGAUAAUUACAGAAAACUACAAGAGCCUCAGGAAACGAGAAACAAAAACAACAACUAAACAAACAAACAUCCUUUCAGGCGCUGAGUGAACCCCGGGGAGUCUCGCUGUUCGGCUUCAAAGGACUGUUUACAAUCUACCUUGAUAUGCACAUGUGGAUAUUUGACGAUCACUUGAUGUGUUUUUUUUUCUUGUUUAUAUUUUCUUUUUUUCUUAUGGUUUGUAAAUCUAUUUAAAAUCUGAAAUAAAGAUCUUUAUUAGAUAUU